ACUUCUCUCGUAACAAAUCAACACCAGCUAACAGCGACAGCCAAACGAUCAGAGUUUCAGUUCUGACUAAGUAACCAUCCAACCCAAAACUCGGUGCGAAUAGGGGAUGGGCUAAUUCUUCGAGCCUCCCACCAGUCGCCCCUGACAAUGGCGAGCGCUGCUUCCGUCGCCCCCGCCGUCGCUGCUUCCAGAAGCUUCAGCUUCACUGCCGCGGCAUACCCCUCCCCCUCGCGCACGCUUCGUCCGGCCGCCCUCUCCGGUGGGGUCCGCAACCAGCAGCGCCCGUCCACCGCCUCUGCCUGCCUCCAGCCGCCAACUGCCUCCCAUGGCGCCGCCACCAGGUUGUACGUCCGCGGUCUAUCGUUCCGUACAACCGAGGAGAACCUCCGGAGCGCGUUCGAGAAAUUCGGUCAGCUUACAGAAGUUCAUCUCGUGAUGUAUCGAGUAGAAAAGCGGCCGAGAGGUUUCGCGUUCGUGUCCUACGCUGUCGAGGAGGAAGCCAAGAGCGCCAUGGAAGGAAUGCACGGGAAGUUCCUGGAUGGCAGAGUGAUCUUUGUCGAGGUUGCAAAACAAAGGCCUGGACUCUGAAGGAUCGCGCCCAGGUGCCAAGCGAAGUGCCAUCCAGUUUCCCUGACGCUUCGAAGACGGGUUAUUCAGAGAAACCUGGCGAGCCUUUCGAAAUUACAUGAACCUGCGUGCGCAAAUUUCAAUCCAUUACAGAUUUCUGUAGCAUGGCGACCACCAAACCUCCAUAGUAUUAUGAUUUUUCAGGGCAUUGAUACUUCAUAGUAGUAUGAUUUGCAAGUCACUGGACGAUGUCCAGAAACUUGAUUGUUUGAUUCCAGCAAGUCUCUGAUGAGACGCGCUGACUUAAGUCCAUAAGUCCCUCAGCAACA